AAUCACAGUGUCGUUUUUGUGCGGAUCAGAGUUCAGAGUUCACCACUACUUCCUCUAACCAACAACGGCGUGCAAUCGUCAUUGAAGCUCAUACAGAAUCAAGAUGAGUUUACCACUGAAUCCCAAACCGUUCCUGAACGGUCUGACUGGCAAGCCCGUGAUGGUGAAGCUGAAGUGGGGUAUGGAAUACAAAGGAUACCUGGUGUCUGUGGACAGCUACAUGAACAUGCAGUUGGCCAACACUGAAGAGUAUGUGGAUGGAGCAUUGGCUGGCCACCUAGGAGAAGUGCUCGUCAGAUGCAACAAUGUCUUGUUCAUUAGAGGGGUAGAAGAAGAGGAAGAGGAUGGUGAAAUGAAAGAGGCUUGAAAGAGGCAAGCUUAUUUUUUUCGUUUUGGUGUCUGGUUGCUAAUCUUGUUUGCCGAUUUGUUCUAAUUUUUUAUGAAAAAUUGAUUGUUUUGAAAACAUCUGAGAAGCAGUUCUUUUUUAUAUGAUGAUGAACCAAGCUGUUGUGCCCCUCUGAGCACAAGGAUAAUAAAAUUGUGCAUAUUGCACUUUUCAGUAA